AUGGGGAUACAAGGAUUACUGCAAUUUAUCAAAGAAGCUUCUGAACCUGUCCACAUGAGGAAGUAUAAAGGGCAGGUAGUAGCUGUGGAUACAUACUGCUGGCUUCACAAAGGAGCUGUUGCUUGUGCUGAAAAACUAGCCAAAGGUGAACCUACCGAUAAGUAUGUAGGAUUUUGUAUGAAAUUUGUAAAUAUGUUACUAUCUCAUGGGAUCAAGCCUAUACUGGUAUUUGAUGGAUGUACUUUACCUUCUAAAAAGGAAGUGGAGAAGUCUAGAAGAGAAAGAAGACAAGCCAAUCUUCUUAAGGGAAAGCAGCUUCUUCGUGAGGGGAAGGUCUCAGAAGCCAGAGAAUGUUUCACCCGUUCUAUCAAUAUCACACACGCUAUGGCCCACAACGUAAUUAAGGCUGCUCGGUCUCAGGGAGUAGAUUGUCUUGUGGCUCCAUAUGAAGCAGACGCACAGUUGGCCUAUCUUAACAAGGCUGGUAUUGUACAAGCUGUAAUUACAGAAGACUCUGAUCUCCUCGCUUUUGGCUGUAAAAAGGUUAUUUUAAAAAUGGACCAAUUUGGAAAUGGACUAGAAGUUGAUCAGGCUCGGCUAGGAAUGUGCAAACAACUUGGGGAUGUGUUCACAGAAGAGAAGUUCCGUUAUAUGUGCAUUCUUUCAGGCUGUGACUAUCUCUCAUCACUGCGUGGGAUUGGAUUAGCCAAGGCCUGCAAAGUACUAAGACUAGCCAACAAUCCAGAUAUUUUAAAGGUUAUCAAGAAAAUUGGACAUUAUCUCAAGAUGAAUAUAACAGUACCAGAAGAUUACAUCAAAGGAUUUAUUCGGGCCAAUAAUACCUUCCUCUAUCAGCUAGUUUUUGAUCCCAUCAAAAGAAAACUCAUCCCUUUGAAUGCCUAUGAAGAUGACAUUGAUCCUGAAACACUAAGCUAUGCUGGGCGAUAUGUUGAUGAUUCUAUAGCUCUUCAAAUCGCACUUGGAAAUAAAGAUAUAAAUACUUUCGAACAGAUUGAUGACUACAAUCCAGACACUGCUGUGACUGCCCAAUCAAGAAGUCAUAGUUGGACUGACAAAACAUGUCAAAAGUCAUCUAAUAUUAAUAGCAUUUGGCAUAGGAAUUAUUGCCCUAGACUUGAGCUGGACAUUGUUUCAGAUGCUACAAAGGUGAAGGAAAAUCCAAGUACUGUGGGCAUUGAACUAGUGAUUAGUACUAAAGGGUUAAAUCUUCCAAGGAAGUCAUCCAUUGCAAAAAGACCAAGAAGUGAAGAGCUAUCAGAAGAUGAUCUAUUGGGUCAGUAUUCUACUUCCUUUACAAAGAAGAUCAAGAAAAAUAGUUGUGAAGGCAAUAAGUUAUUGAACUCUUCUGAACGGUUUAUUCCUGACCUGGUAGAUGGAAUUACUAUUAAAAAAAGCUUAAGCACACCACCUAGGACAAGAAACAAAUUUGCAACAUUUUUACAGAGAAAAAAUGAAGAAAGUGGUGCAGUUGUGGUUCCAGGAACCAGAAGCAGGUUUUUUUCCAAUUCUCUGGAUUCUGCUGACUGUAUAUCAAAGAAAGCAAGCAGCCAGUCUCUAGAUGAAACUGCUGUCACAGAUAAAGAAACCGAUGUAAAUGAAUCAGAUUGUCUAGAUGGCAAGAAGUUGUUAGAUAUCAGUGUAGCACAUAAUUCAAGUGAGCAUAUUCCAGAUGAUGUGACUGUGAUUGCUGAAGAGUCUCAGUCUUUUAAGGCCAGCAGAUUCACGAGGACCAUCUCACCACCCACCUUGGGUACACUAAGAAGUUGUUUCAGUUGGUCUGGAAGUCUUGGAGAUUUUUCAAGGACACCAAGCCCCUCUCCAAGCACAGCAUUGCAGCAGUUCCUUAGAAAGAGUGAUUCUCCCAUCUCUCUGCCUGAGAAUAAUGAGCCGUCUGAUGUAUCUCAGUUAAAGAGUGAUGAGUCAAGUGAUGAAUCUCAUCCCUUACAUGAAGUGGAUUGGUCUUCACAGUCUCAGGAAAGCAUGGACUUAUCACCACACAAUUUAAAUACAUCAAAACUUUCUCAGCCUUCUAGUGAGGAUUUAGAUUCAGAGGAAUCUGAUUGCAAUUUUAAGUCACUUGAUAAUCAAGGUAAUCAGAAAUCCAAGCUACACUUAUUUCAUUUUUCGAAAAAAGACACGCUUUUAAGGAACAAGGUUCCUGGGCUGUAUAAAUCUAGUUCUGUGGACAAUCUUUCUACAACCAAGAUCAAACCUUUAGUACCUGCCAGAGUCAGUGGGCUGAGCAAGAAGCCAUCAAGCAUCCAUAAGAGAAAUCAUCAUAAUGCCGAGAACAAGCCAGGAUUGCAGAUAAAAAUCAAUGAACUCUGGAAAAAUUUUGUAUUUAAAAAAGAUUCUGAAAAGCUUCCUUCUUGUAAGAAGCCAGAUCCCCUGUCUCCAGUCAAAGAUAACAUCCAACUAACUCCAGAAGAAGAGGAUAUAUUUAACAAUUCUGACUGUAUGCGUGUUCAGAGAGCAAUAUUCCAAUAAACACAGGCAGCUGGGAGGCUAUUGCCUGCAAGAGAAUCUCUAUCA